AUGUUUGAAUUUGUAAGUAAAAGCUCUGCUUUUAACGAGUGGUUUUGGCGAUACAUUAGAACCCUAAUUAUCACUUUUCUUAUACAGAACACAGGUCGGUAUUUUCAAAAAUCUAAUGACUGUUCAUGAGAAUUCAAAUUUCCUCUUACCUCUUGGGAUUACCCCACCAUUCUUCAAAGCAAACAACCUUCUUCUUCUUCUGCUCACUGCAACUACUCGUUGCACGGGCUACUAACCCAAAACACAAACACCAUUUUCAAUGAAUCGGUAGAGACAGACAAUUACCCUUUUGAAAUUUAAAUUAUCAACUUCCAGCAAAAUGAUUCCACUAUCUUUUGCUUCACUGCUUCUCCUCUCCCUCGCUGCUCUUACUUCCUCUCUCAACUCAGAUGGCCUCUCCCUCCUCGCUCUCAAAGCAGCCACUGAGUCCGAUCCCACAAACUCGCUCAAGUCCUGGUCCGAGAUCGACUCCACCCCCUGUCACUGGCGCGGAAUCGCUUGCACCCACGGACGAGUCACCUCCCUCUCUCUCCCCAACAGAGGUUUAACGGGUUAUAUUCCUUCUGAGCUGGGCCUGCUUGACUCGCUGAUUGUACUCAGUCUCGCUCACAACAAUUUCUCUAAACUUAUUCCUUCUCGUCUCUUCAAUGCAACCAACUUACUCUCUCUUGAUCUCUCUCACAACUCUCUCUCCGGUCCAAUACCUGCUCAAAUCAGUGCCCUUAAAAAGCUUACCCACUUGGAUCUCUCCUCGAAUCUACUCAACGGCUCUCUCCCGGAGCCCCUAGCUGACUUGGAAAGUCUCACCGGAACCCUUAAUCUGUCGUACAACAGUUUCUCAGGCCAGAUUCCGGCGUCGUAUGGUCGUUUUCCUAUCAUGUUGAGCUUGGAUCUCGGGCACAAUAAUCUUACUGGUAAAGUGCCUCAAGCAGGAUCGCUGUUGAACCAGGGACCUACUGCAUUUGCUGGAAACCCAGAGCUAUGCGGGUUCCCGUUGCAGACUCAAUGCCCGGAAGCUGAAAACCCGAGUAUCAUCCCCACCGAAAACCCUCAAGAUCCCCGAAACCUUAACUCUGGUUUCCCGUACGCCGGUGAAGCAAGCGAGAAACAGAGAAAUGAGUCGGUUAUGGUUCCCUUGAUAUCAGGCGUUUCGGUGAUUAUCGGAGCCGUUUCGGUCUCCGUAUGGCUGUUUCGGAGAAAAUGGGUUUCCGGCGAGGGCAAAACCGGAAAAGUGCAGAAGGAAACGGCGGCCGAGGUAGACGAAGAGGGGCAAAAAGGUAAAUUCGUAGUGGUCGACGAAGGGUUUAAUUUGGAAUUAGAAGAUUUGUUGAGAGCGUCGGCAUACGUCGUGGGGAAGAGCAGAAGCGGGAUCGUGUACAAGGUGGUUGUUGGGAGAGGAUCAUGUGUGGCAACGACUACCGUUGUGGCCGUGAGGAGACUCAGCGAGGGAGACGCCACGUGGCGGUUCAAGGAGUUCGAGAAUGAAGUGGAAACCAUCGGUAGGGUCCACCAUCCGAACAUCGUGCGGUUGAGAGCUUAUUACUAUGCGGAUGAUGAGAAGUUGUUAAUUACCGAUUUCAUUCGCAAUGGAAGCUUGUACUCCGCGCUGCACGGGGGACCUUCCAGUACUUUGCCACCACUCUCGUGGGCAGCAAGGUUGCAGAUUGCUCAAGGAACUGCAAGAGGUUUAGUGUACAUACACGAAUAUAGUCCUAAAAAAUAUGUCCAUGGCAGCUUAAAAUCAACCAAAGUCCUACUGGAUGAUGAAUUCCAGCCUUACAUCUCUGGUUUCAGACUCAACCGUCUAGUUUCUGGCACCCCUAAAUUCCAUAAUCCUGUCUCGAAGAAGCAAAACUCAAACGUUGGAACCUCCAUGGUAGUAUCAAAAUUUGCACCUUCCCCAAAUGUUUACUUGGCACCUGAAGCUCGAGUUCCUGGUAGUAAGUUCACCCAGAAAUGUGAUGUGUAUUCCUUUGGGAUUGUGCUCAUGGAAAUUCUGACUGGUCGGCUGCCUGAUGCCGGACCAGAAAAUGAUGGUAAAGAGCUGGAGAGUCUUGUGAGGAAGGUAUUCCGGGAGGAAAGGCCGCUGGCUGAGAUCAUAGAUCCAGCACUUUUGAAAGAAGUUUAUGCUAAGAAACAAGUUGUUGCUGUCUUCCACAUUGCUCUAAACUGCACGGAACUGGAUCCAGAGUUGCGUCCACGGAUGAGAAGUGUAUCAGAGAGUUUAGAUCGAAUCAAAUUACAAUGAUAAGAUUAGGCGGAGUUUGGGAGUUCCUUAAAUGGUUUUCUUGGUUGCUAACUUGAUGAAUGCUGAUGCUGUAGUGUUUUGAUCUUUGUAAUGAUCAGUGGAGGUAGAAACUGAUUGGGAUGUAAAUGUAUGGCUUUCUGGAAGUUGUUGUAAGCAAAAUUCUUUCUUCUUGAAUGCAUUGAUUUGAUUCCCUCUGGUA